UCGGAAUCGGUCGCGUUUGUUGUAGAGUGUGUUUGCUUUCGAAGCUUUGAGGGCAAACAUAAAUCGUGCAUGGAAUUUUGUUCAUGUGUUGAAGUUUUGUUACAACCGAAAACAUUCGAAGGACUACCGCUGGCUAUUAGCGGGAAACAAACCAUUUAUUUUAAAAGGAAUCGGAAAGCUUGUUAGUGGCAGUGACUAGGAAAUUUUGGUGCGUCGAACGACCAUCUCGUUUGUAUAUAUGGAACGAAGGAGUCUGCCUAAUUCGGCAACGAGAUUUGAGUUAUCCAACACCUGACUCAUGACGGUUUUCGGUUGUGUCUUCCGAAUUCGAGAACGUAUAACACGCAUGACACGCAUAUAGUGCACCAAACUAGUUAUUAUGGUGAAUUAGAACCGUUUCACCGCAUCAUCGACUUAUGAGAUUAUGCCUUUUUGAUCCUUAGACAGUGGUAGAGUAGAAGAACAGAAAGAAGUCCGGUGAAAAUAGAUUCAGUGUGAAAGAAACGGCAGCUGGUCAAGUGGUUCGUUAGAUGUUCCGAAAAUUGCAUUUGUUUGGGUACUGACCGGAAUAGUUUGGUUUUGUACAGGCAAUUUGACAGCUACGCAAAGUAGUGUGACGUCACAUACGUUAAAACCGAAAAGUGAUUCCAAGUGGCCAUUGGAGUUCCGAAUGGCUGCUGAACAGCGAUGAUCAGCUCGUGUAACACACGCUUGACAGGGGCCUACCGUAGAUAAAACAAAGUGGCUACUAGAUAAAAUUAUGCACAAACCGGACGUGAGUGAGUGAAUGAGUUGUGAAUGAUUUCGGCAUUUUGAUGCGCCAUCCAGUGGAUGAGUGUGUAACUGGAGCUCUCGGAGUCGAAACUUUCACUAAAUUUUGUCGUUUUCCGAGCACAUAUGUGUCCAGCUUUGAUCGAGCAAUCGGUUUUUGUUUGAAUGAAUAAUUAAAUAGAAGUGGAUAACUGACUGUUUGUCAUUGCCUGCUUGGAUGGUGGAGAGUUUGCGAGGGAGACGACUGUUUCGAAAAUGAGUGGAAAGUGUUUUGCUGUCAGGUCGAAGUAAAACAUCGCUUACCUUACUGUUGGUUUUUCGUUGGGAUGCCUUUUGGAGAUGUGCUGAACUGAUUGCACUCGUGAAAAGACACGAUCAAGUGUACCGCCAUAUUCAAACAACUUGUGAACAGGCAAGCGAAUUGAAUUAGAUGUCACCUAAACUCAUCGUAAAAUGACGUCCUUGUGGUAGGUUUGAACAUCGACGGACGCAAAAUUGCAGAACUGGAAGCCGCAUGACCUAGUGAAGGUUACCCAUCGGAACCGACAUACCGACACCGGAUCAACGCGAAGGAAUUGUGUCGACGACCGAGUGGAUUAUCGAUUUUGCAGGAAGCAGUAGUAACACUCCGAAGGCGCCGUCGUUCGGUAGACGAAAAUACCGAUAGAAGCGGUAAACGAUUUGGACACCUGCACUACUCCAACGGCACGAUUUUGGCUCGGAAAAUAACAGCAACAAGGAAAGGCAGUUUCAGUUGUGUGCUGUAGUUUUACCUCUUGGCUGUUCAACAUGUAUUUGGUGCAGACUGUUCAGACGGCAUCGCCCUGGAGGCCACAGUUGCCACUACCGAAGGACAUAACGUUGCACGUGCAGCAGCAACAGCAGCAGGCCAUGGAUAAGUCGAAAACGAAGGACAAGAAGUGGUCACUUGGGAAUCUGUUCCGUCGGAAGCAGAAAAAAGAACAGGAUUACGAGUCCAGUUCGGAGGAGGAUCGGAAGGCGGGAUUUUUGCCGAUAAAACAAAAUCGCACACAGGCCGUCGGGCAGGGCACACUGAACGGGAAGCGCAAAAAACGAUCAAGCAGCAAAUUGCAGGGUGGUUUCGAUCACAUCGUUGUUAGUCCGAAGCACGGAAAUAGUUAUGGUUUCAAAGAAAGUGAUAGUGUGAAUUCCAUCGAUAAAUAUGUGGUUUCAAUGGGAUCCGGGUCGUUGGAUAGGAGGUCACGGAAAGACGGAGGAAAGCCCAAGGAUGGCAAUGCACUGUCUAGUGACGAAGAAUCGCACCGUUCCUCGUCGAUGUCGAGGUUUAGAAGCGAUGAUAGCUUGGGAAAUCACAGCGGAAGCUCAAAUCGCAAAACUAGAACGGCCCGGACGGAACGGUAUCUGAAAAGAAUGUCUCGAGAUGGUGAGGGUAGUCCUGUCAAUCGGUGGCAUACGCAGCCGAUUUCACCGAGCAUGCUUCACGGCAGUAUACAAUCUGUAGAUAACGUUCAUCGCCGUGGAUACGUUCCGGGAGUUCAUCCAAGCCUUAGGAAUUCUUCUAGUCUGAUCAAUGUGCCUCAUUUGUUCCACCCUCCAAAUCCAUAUGCUCAGCAGCAGCAGCAAUUCUAUCAGAUAAACCCUUCAGUAACAUACGAAAACAGUUUCUAUAUUCAGAGUAAAGCGAAUUCUAUGCGAGAACCCAUCUUGAGUCCGCCUCCAGUGCCACCUCGUGACCCACAGCGAAGGUUAACAAUUGGUCACCCACAGGACGCCCGACCGAUGUCGUAUGCCUUCGAUCACCAACAAGCAAUCACAUCCCCCAAUGCCAACAUCUGGCAACCCAACGGAAAAUGUAUCAGUGACGAUCGACUGUGGGGUCCAAAUGUUACUCACCAUCCUCAAUCGCCGGGAACGCCAAAUUUUGUCAACCCACAUGUGACAGUUUCACCGCGACCGUCAUCCGUGCAGCCCGAGUCGGUCCAGAAACGAUACAUUUCGCGACAUCCACAGACAUCUACCCCGUCACCAAACCAGGGAUACAUAGUCCUCCAGCACGCUCCUUCCCACCAUCACCAUAACCAUCAACCUCAACCGUCACCUCAACCGCAACCUCAACCCCAACAGCCAGUGAAACGACCGGCAGAGUAUCGUUACGUUACCGAUGUGACUCCUCGAUCGCGUAAACCAAUUCAGAUCCAAGAUCGAACCUUCGAAGUGUACGAACCAUCACAAAAAGCUCAGAGUACUGCGCAACCUGGUAACAAACCGGCGUACAAUACGUCUGUCUACAUUCGAACACGCCCGCUGAAAACGGGUCCGGAGGAGCCAUCUUCAAAAACACCACAGCAAACGGCAUCAGCCUUCUGGCGUAAAAUUGAAGAGGAACAAAAUUCGGUCAACCGACGAAGCAGAGACGCAGAUCGCCGGCAACAGAAUCCGAUUAUGAACUCCCGCUCGGUUUCGUCCUCCCGUGCACUGGAAAUAAUGAACCGGCGAAAUCAUGAGUUGACGAAAGAAUUGAGCCAUCUGUUGGACGACAGCAAACAUGACAAUCAGGAAAAUGUUAUCAGCGGUCGGUUGUAUUUACGGCAGUCACAGGAUGCUAGAGUGAAGGAGAAAUCACGAUCACCACCGAAAAACAAGUACGAAGAAUACGUAGCAAAAACAAUCGCUCAAUCAACACAAGCUCCCGUACCGACCUCGACGUACAGGAAAUUCACCACUGGAGGCGAUUCCGCGCGAGUGUCGAGUGUUUUGAAACAGGCCAAAUCACCACCGCCUCCUCCCGCGCGUGGUAUUUCCAAACGAAACUCGUGUUCCGAAGAAGAAAUAUCCAAAAAACAAAAGUCGGCUAACCUGGAGGAAGCCAUCAACGAACUGGAUGCGAUCUACAAGAGCCUUUAUUUGAGCGAUGAAGAUCUACUGGAUCGAGCCGAACUGCGAGACGUUCCGACCCCGAACAUGUUCAACAAGCAAACGAAACCCGUCUCCGACUACGACGAUGAUGACGAUGAGAGACGCCAUUCGGAACCGGAUAUUGAACUGGACGAUCUUAACUUCCGCAGCAUAAAGCAGGCCAACGAGAAAAUCAAGGCUCUCGAAGUACAACCGCCAUUCGGCAUCCCACUGGGUCCGAUUCCACCAUCACCCAAUACGGACUAUUUGAGUGCACAACCGGCCAAGCCGAACAAACCAAGGUUCAUCCCGAAGCGAUCACCCGAUUUGGUGGCUGAUGACCUUGCCGUUCGUCAGUUGCGUCGAGAUAAAGAUCUCCAACAGAGUGUGGAUCGAGUCAACUGCUAUGCUCCGACAGCCACGGACGUGUGCGAGGAGAAACCGGCUGCCAGUUACCUGGAGGAUGUUAGGAAAAAACGAAGCAAUGCUAAGCAAACAUCGAACACCUUGGCAUCCAACAUCUUCAACAUGAUUCAAAGGGAUGCGGCCAAACCGUCGGGUGGAAAUCUUGAUGAUUACUAUAAAAUUGAAGAGGUUGUCAAAGCCAAGGCAUCGACCGAGCCGAAGAAGGAUGACGCUUCUAAGGUGAAGAAAUCGACGAAAAAAGUUGUAGAACGGGCUAAAAGCGGAUCACCGAAGAGAACCGGCGGAGCCGUGUUCAAUCUUCCGUCGACGUUGAAGUCUACUUCACCAAAACCGGCAGUGACAUCAUCGGAGAGUAGCAGCGACAGCACACCGACCCAGAAGGCGAAAACCAGUCCGGUGAUAGUGGGAGCGAAGCACAAAGCGGAAUUCGAGGACAUCUUGAACGCGAUCGCACAGGAAGCCAAGAGCACCAGCGAGAAGCUGGGUAUGGAUUUGGCCGAACUGAGGAAAGAAACGAAAUCGGUUUCCAGUGGAACGAGCCCGGAAACGAAACCACAACGCAAGGUAGAAAUGACGGUCGGCGGCGGAAGUAGAAAAUCUUCGGUCAAAGUAGAAGAGGAAAUCGAUGAGGUGGCGGAGGCAGCCAAGUAUUGUCAACACAUGCUACGGAAUGUCGUUCAAGAACCGAAACUGGAUGAAAAGAAGCUAAUCAAAGAUAUUGAGGAUACUUCAAAUGCGGCCAUGUUGUGCCACGGAAUGAUCAAUAGAGUGAUCAUGCCAAGGCAAACACCGACCGAAGCUCCCGAGCGGUCAGUGCUGACGAGUUUGAUUAAGGAAUUGACACCGGCAGAAGACGACAGGGAAGGGCGUGAAGAGGAGGAGGAGGAAACAUUUGAAACGCUAUCCAAACGCUGCCAGGAGCAAUUGAGUGAGCUUGAAGACACCAACGAAGGACAGAAAUCGGCGAUCGAACGAGACUAUGAUAAUCUAGUUGAAAGUAUUAACCCAUUGGAAUCGGACUCGGACAAGAAAUCUACCGAAGAAGAAAUCGACAUCAUAAUGAAGGAGUGCGGAAUCGAGAAUGACGUUCAGAUCACCAUCAAUUCAGUGCCACUGCAGGAAACAGAGUUUGUAAAGCUAGGAAUCCGUAAACACAGUAAAGAGUCCAGCCUAGAUUUAAGUGACGUCCAUGGGCCUUCGCUAACGCCAACCGAUCCGAAGUCUUCCAGCGAGACGGAACAGUUUCCUAAGUCAUCUGACCAUACUUCCGGCAAUCUGCUGUCUUCCAGCGAUUGUCUCAAGUCCAAUAGUGAACAACGCAAGUCCAGUUCUUCUACCGCAAGCUCUAGCAACACUAGCGCACCGGUGGUUGAACGAACACGGGACACGAUCGGUUCGGUACCGGCCACAAGGGUUACGCCUCCAUCGCGAGUAUCGCCGUCGGAUGGCGAAUCACAGUACAAUUCAUCGGAAGAGUUAGCAAUGAUCUUCGGCAUCAAAAGUCCAACACCGACAGAUAACCAACCGUUCGUGAACACCGCUAUUCUAGAACUAGAAAAAAAGCUUUCAUCCGCCACUGCCAACAUAAGCUGCCAAACGCAACAUAUUUCUAGUUUUCAACAACCUCAGCAAACACAACAGCAUCAGCUAUUGCAGCAACAAAAUCAACAUCAACGCUAUCAGCUAGACUAUCAUCACCCGACGCACCCGCCGCCAUCCAUCGUCUCCUCCGACGAUCCGUUCCACAGUAACUACCAACGACAACAUCCGGAACCGUCGCCACGUCAAAGUCACAACGUUUUCCCCACCAGCAUUCCGUAUGAACCGCAGCAACUGACUGUAACGGGCAGCUCAAAUCUUGCCAGUAUCCUAGAGGCUAUCCGCGCCGAACGGGAUCCGUCCAGAUCGGAACGGUCGCCUCGCUGGGAUCUGUUUGCUCGAUCGGCCAGUCUCGGUCAAAUUACACCGCCAUCGAUCCCACCAGUUAAAUCUACCGCUGCCAAUUUUCGUAAGAUCCAACGCCAUCCACCGGUAUCCUACCCGAAGAAACCUCUAGUCACUCGACGAUCACCGGGAUCACCACCAUCGCCCAGAAUCGAUUCGUGUUAUUCUCCUUCCGGGUAUCAGGUUCAUCACCAGCAACAACAACAACAACAACAGAAGCACCUGCUGCAACAGUCCGUGAUUCCGUCGGCGUUCGCUGCUGCCUCUGGACCGCAGCUACAUGAAGUUACACGAAGACCAUUGAACAAGUCCUCCCUGAAACGGCAUGAACAAUUCCUCAAAACCCGCUCCAAAACAAUAUCGGACUUCUUCGGCCCUGAAUCUACGCCCAUCAGUCGACUCUUAAACAUAAUAUGCCAAGAGAAAGAAGCGGAAAGAGCGAAAGCCAGCAUGAGCAAUAGCAACGGUAUCGGAAGUGGUAAAGUUCCCAGUAAAGUACUCACCACUGCCACCUCCGCCACCAGCAGCAGUAAAGAUGGCAUCUUUUCGAAGAUUCCGAUGGCGACGGCACCGCCUUCGACCAGUUCAUCUUCGGCUAGUUCCUCUUCCGGCUGCUUGACGGCACCGUGGCGCCAUCAGAGCAGUAGCAGUAGCAAGUCCCGCAAGGAGAAUGUGAUCCCGGCGGCCACUGCUUCGUCGUCGUCCGUCAAUUCCGGUAGUGGCAGCGGUUCGAUUCCCGCUGCCGCGGAUCAUCUUGCCUCCAAAGACAUCGAUAGGAUAGCAAAAUACAAGGCUGACCGGCGAAAACCGAUUUAUUUAAGAAACACUGUCCAAGAACACGAAAAUGAAAGACUGGAACAUAAGAAAAGAUCAUCAUCAUCCCGAUCGCAAACUGCAAACGUCCCGUCGUCAUCAUCUCAACCAUCCGGCACCCACUUCACGAAAGCCCAUUCGUCUUCGACCGCCAGAACGACGCAAACUUCUUCCUCAUCAUCGUAUCGCAGUACGGCAACGCAGUUGCAACCACAACCUACCGCCUCUACCUCUAGCGCCUCGGUGACCAGUAAGCAACAUUCUCAUCAUCCACAUCCACACGGUGGUGGUGGUACCGGUACCGGUUCCAGUCAUCAUGCUGCCCGGUCAGGUGGAGAAUCGUCAAUGCCAUUGUCUCCCUCGCAUCAGCCAGCGCAAAGAUAUCACCUGCAGAAACAGCGUAAAUCUCGGGAUCGUAGCGGUACUCGUCCGACUGCAACAACAUCCAACGAGAAACAGGUUGCCGUGCCAGUAUCGACGGCCACGGCCUUAGAGCGAUCUCCGCCACCGCAAGCUCCGCCGGGGCAACAGAGCAAACAGCAACAGCAGCAGCAGCAGAUACGAACCACCCGAUCCUCCAGACUCCGAGCCGCCGCGCUAGAGAAAGCUUCAGCCGGUGGCACGAACGCAUCGUCAGCGCCAUCAGUUUCUAGCAGAGACACCCUUCAAAGCUCGAGUCAACCACAGCAACGCUUGCGAACAUCACCGCUCAGCAAUAGUGGCAGCAGCAGCGCCAGUAGCAGUGGCAGGAACUCGAAACUGCUUCAACCCAUAGGCUUCGGGUCAUCCAAACAGAAUAGCAAUUCGAAUACAAGCAACAGCAGCGAGAGCCGAAUGUCGCUUAACAUCUCUAGUGCGAGUAGUAGUAAUUCGUCGCAUGGCGGAAGCAAACCGGCAUCGGCCAAGCAAGCACUCGGGAAGAAAUUGUCCACUGCUUCAACAGCAGCAGCAUCAUUGACAACCGCCCCGAAGCCACGGCUCGUUCCGUCGAUAGCCGUCAGCAUGAAACAAAAGCUGCGCGGAACGACUGAAACCAUCAAAAGUGAUACUAAUCGUAACAAAACUAGUACUAGUAGUAGUAAGACAACUGUCAUGCCGAUCGGUAACGGUAAUGAGCAACUGCUGCAUGCCGCGAAUAUUCUGAAUGGUAACAAUGUCGUCGUCGUCGCGCCCGUUGAACAAAAUGAUACGAAAACGAUUAGCAACAACAACAACAACAUCCAACCAACGGUAAAUGGCAACGGGGAGGAGAUUUUUUUUGAAGCCCAUACUGGUCCACUCAAAACAGCGGUCGGUGAAAUGAAGCAAUCACGUACCCAGUUGGCCUCAAUCGGAAGCCUUAGCAGUCUGGAUUCACCGACGACGAUGAUGAACUCACCUCGGAUGCGAACAUCCACUAUGAAAUCCGGAGUCCGAAACCAAUUUGUCGCGAGCAGUAAUAAUGUAGCAACCGCCGACGCCGCCACCGAUUCCGCUUCAUUUCCGAAAGACAUCAAUCGACUGAGUCCGGUAUUGGGCAACGGUGGCAAAGCAUUCGAACGGGACAAAUCGGACAAACGGAAAUCCAACCUGAACCGUGCUCAGCACGAGGAGGCCACCGAGAAACGCACCAGUUCGGCUGAACGGCAGCGUCGCCACAAAUCGGGAAGCGCUCAUCCGUCAAGCCCGGAAAGCACGACCAAACCUCGAAGCCGUACCUCAUCGGAUUCCAAAAGUAAAUCGCCACGAAAAUCGAGCUCCUCGGAGAAACCGACAUUCGUUGUGCCCGUUCCGACGGCGGUGUCACCUCCGGUGGCGUCCGUAACACCAGCAGCAUCUCCACGAUCGAAGUAUUCGCCGUUGCGUCAGUCUGGUAGCAACUCCCUACUGCAGUCACCGACGCCUUCGUUGGUUUCUGUUGUGACUAGCCGGGCUGCUUCAUCAGUUCCUUCGAGUCCAUCGAGAUUCUCACCACGACCGGUCAGUAAAACUCCAUCACCAGCCGGAAAACUUCCGCUGCUGCUGCUUAAAAGUCCACCUCGUUUGCUGCAUUUGUCCAGUUCGAGUGUAGCAUCGACCCGAGAACCGUCAGUUGGAUUGACUGACAAUCGCGACAGCAGUAGUAAUCGGUUAGCCGUUAGAGUAGAUAGCAGAGUUUCCACUGCCGGUAGCGAGCAGGAUGCGGACGUUCAACCCGAAUCCCCGCUUGUGCAACAAUAUUCUAAAUUUAGUCAAAUGCUAAAAUCGCCUACACUGGAAAAGUACGAAGUUAGAAGACCAUCGCUGCGUUCCGCUUCAGAGAACGAAUUGGAAGUGCUGGAUGAACAGAAUGUGCCAUUGGAAUUGGAUGAGCAACAGAGUCUACCAGAGCUGGUGCCUUCGGAAGCAGUGUUGGAUCUGUUGAGCGUUGACGAUGCCGAAGAACACGCAGCUGCCAAUAUAAUUGUGAUUACGGACGAAUCCGAGCCAGAUCUGGUGGAUCUGGUGGAGGCGGGACCCUCCGGAUUGUGUCCGAUAGUGAUUGACGAUUGUGACGGUGAUGGCGAAGAGCUGACGAUCCGUCAGGCACUGCAAGAAAUUAGAAGUAAUUCAUCUUCACCGAGACCGGUUAAUAGAAUUUUAUACGAUGAUAAGUUCAACGAUGAGUUUGUCGUAAUCGAGAAUAGUCCCAAGAGUCAUUUUAUACAAUCGCUGGAUGAGACUGACAUCAUCGUGAUCGGGGACAACGAUGAAGACUACCCACCAAGACCGGCGAGCAGCAACAGUACCGGAACGGGUGCGUAUGAGAAGAAACUGGUCAAAAUGAGCUCCGUGGAGCAUUUCGAAAGCUUGCGUCAGCGCAAGAGCUGCUCACCGCUACGUAAAAAGAGUCUUUCGCCGAUCAUGAGAGCUAAAAGCAUGGAAGAGAAUCAUCUGUCCUCAUCGGGAUCCUCUGCUUCCAACCAUAUCGUGUCAAUCCUGAAACGCAAAACCGUUGAAUCGAAUAGUUCUGCUUCGAGUAAUGCCUCACCGGUUACGUUCUCGCCGAGCGUGGUGGAUACUCCGAUUCGUUCCAAUCGCCGACAAGGGAUUCUGAAAAAACGCUGCUCGCUGGACGAAAGCAGAUACAGCCGCAGUCAUUCUCCGGAUGACCGAAGCAUUUUGGUGAAACAUACGCGCCGUAAUAGCUUCGAAGACGGCUCACAGCAUGGUAUCCUGAAACAGAAAAGUUACGAAUCGAAGGAGGACGUUUCGGUUACCAGUGGAAGCACAACCGCUGUCAAUGCAGUUGUUUCCCACGGAAUUCUCAAGAAGAAAACGGACAGCUCUUCAACAUCAACGCCCAAUGAACAACCCAAACACGUAUCCAUAUCGCAAGCGGUCAUUCUCGCGGCAGCAGAAAUUUGCCAAGACAUGCUGCUGGAUAAUGAACAUGAGCACGAUCACGAAAUUCGACCGAUACUGAAAUCAGAUUCGCAACCGCUACCAACACCGAAACCCAUCCUCAAGAAGAAAUACUCCUCUGAAUCGGAAGAAAUUCGUCCGAUUCUGAAAUCGUCCCGUAAGAGUAGCCGCGAGGAAAAUUCGGACUCGGAAGAACUGAAACGAUCUAUCCUAAAGACGGAUUCACCUGCCAAGCGUCGUUCGUUCGGUGAUCGAUCCGAUUCGACGGAAUCAACUUCCGUUCUCAUCCGAAGCCAUUCGCUUGAACACCCGGAACCGGUUCCCAUGGCACCGAUUGUACCUCAGGUUCAGACCAUCGAAAAACCGAUCAUUUCGGUAGCUGAGCGUAUUAAAAACAUGGAAAAGUUUUUAUCCGGUCCGUCCAGUUCCGGAGCGGUUCCGAAGAGAAACAGCGGCAACGGUAAUGCCAGCUCACGUAGGGAAUCGUACCGUUUCAAGACUCAACCGGUGACCUCGACGGAGAUGGUGAGUGUUCAGCAACAAAUCGAUCGGUCACUGGACUGUCCGGGUGAUUCCAACUCCAGCAUAGAGUCCAGCGGCACUCGUGAACAGACCGAACCAAGUAGUUCAGUUUCGGAACCACUCUGUCCACGGGGCAGUCUUGAAUCGCUCAUUAACAAAGAGAAGCAGGCACUGGAGGAUAAAAGUGUAGAAUUGCUAUCGCCGACACUAGCUACGGCUGAGUCCAACUCCCACUCGAUCAGUGGUGAGUUCAACCUUGCCUCGCUAAGCUCCGACAGUGGCAUUCAGUUUGGCCGUGGGACUGAGGAAAUAUCAGGUGCGGACAAUGUAUCAUCCGUAAAGACAAGUGACAGUGAGAAAUCUCCUUCGAAGAAAACCAUCGACGACGAUUUGAACGAACUCGAAGAAGAGCAGGAAGAAGAACACCUACAGAUUAUCGAAGAGACCGAAGGGCAGAAGCGAAUUUUGCUAAGUCCAUCCAUUUCCUGUGAGCGAUCAGAAAUCGCAGCCAGUCGGAGACGCGUCGUCUCUAGAAACUCCUCGUCUAGUUGUUCCAGCACUAGCAGUUCCGGUGAAUUGAGCGAUCGGGAAAGUGAAAGAAUGUACUCGGCCCCCGGUGGCCUUAAUCAUCAUCAUCAUCAUCAGCAGCAGCAAGAAGAUUUGUAUACACCGAUUAGUGAUCCCGACGACGACUCAUCUAUACGGCCACGGUCCAACAGUGUCCGUGCCCGGGCUAACAUGUUCCAACAGAUGGAGAGUCGCAUGAAGGAGAACGAGUGUCCAACGCUUCGGGGCAGACGAGUGAUGCCGACAACACAAACGACCCCUCAGUUCACCACCCAAGUAAUCUCACCGACGGACAUGGAUCGCAGUCGUAACAAUCCCGGUAUAACAAAUCCGAUUAGUUCCUACGGCAAGAUCAGUGGCAGCAAUAACAUUUCCGAUGAUUCAGGCACUGAGUUUGAUCCCUCGACACUGCAGGUAUCGAAGAAGAUCAAACUUUUUUCCGGUGGAAAGGAUCAGAGGGCACUUGGCGUUCUGACCGCAACCGGUGCUGCCAGUAAUACGACUACUCUUCUAACGUCCAGCUCUGCCCCAACGCUCGAUGCCGGGCGACUUGCACUGAAGAAAAAACCGAUGAAAUUUAGAACCGUAGGGAAGCUGAUCAUGCCAAUGUUUCUGAACGACAACAAUAAUAACAUCUCGAACUCGACAUCCCCUUUGACGGCGAAUGGACCUAGCAGUUUCGGUGAGGAGAACAAUGAAAAGAUGGAACCAGUGACUGCGAGUGAUGAUGGACUUACUCAACUUCGGUCACUGAAAGUCGAGCGAAUCCGUAGGAAGUUUAUGAAAAACUCAUCGACACCGAUCCUCGACGAGGAAGAUUUGACGACGAACGGAGACGAAGGAAGCGAUUCUAAUGUCGAGUCUGGAAAAGAAAAUAACUAUGAUAGUGGUGGAGAAUACGGUGGUAAGUACAGGGGAUGCUGCGGGGGAAUCAACGCUUUAAAAAAGAAUCUGCUGAAUGGAAACCGAUCUCACAACAAAAGUAUUUUGCUCAAUUCUUCCGCGGAACUCGAUGAAAUUGUCACUAAAGGGAAGGUUUCAACCAUGGCCAAACAAUGGAACCGACUGCGAGCAAUGACGUUGGAUGUUUCAAUGAUCAAAAAGUCCUCUUCUAGUCCCCUUCCGUCACCGCAUUGUAGAGAGAACUCAUCGCUGCAGGAAGGUGUUUGCGGAAGUUACCCUUACGAGUUAGAUGGCGACCUCUGCAACAACACCAACAACUCAUUUCUGCUAGAAAAGAGUUCGUUCCAUCUGAACGCAUCGAAGCGGCGCGAUUCUCCGCAGAUCGACGAUCGACUGGCUAAAUAUUUCGGACUGAAAAAGAAUUCAAACGAACAAUCCAUCGAACCAUCCUUCAACCGAACAGUAGACAGCAACAACCCAACGUCCCGACGAAGAUCACGCUCAUUACCUCGUGGGAAUCCUCCUGCACCGCCUCCACAGCUCCCGAUAGACGAACGAAUUGCAAAAUAUUUCGGAGUCAACAAAAGCUUCUCCGGCAGUCCUUCGGCGCAGAUGGUGAACAAACCGCGUGCCAUCGUGAGACCUCAGCAGCGUCCGGUCGUGAUUGAAAGCGAACGAGCCGACGUGAUGAAAGCUGGCGGAAGGCGUCGAUCUCUAUCCGCUCCCAGUGACAAAUUGUUCGAGGAGCUAGUUGCAACCGAUCAAACUGCCGGACGCACCCGGGAUCAGCACGCAGUGAGCUUCUGUUUAGUGACCGAAGGAUCAGCGAUGGUUUCGCUCAAGCUGGUGAAGACCUUUGACGAGUUUAACCUGACGGCGGAGGAUAUGUCGAUGGCGGACAGCGAGUUUGACAAACUUUACGUAGAUCAAGUAACAAGCCCACGUAAACCACCGCUAGGGUGUCUGCCACCAUCAGCCCAACAGUCACAACCGCUCGUGUCCGAACUGAAGAAAGGUAUCCUGAAAUCAAAGUCCGGCUGCGUCGGUCUCUUUCCGUCCGACCUGAACAGUGAGCUCAAAUCGCGCCUGAAAAAAUCUACCCAUUCGUCGGUUAGUAAUCUCAAAAAAUCCACUACCGUAUCCAGUGUCGAGCUCGACGUCGUACCGCGUGCCGGUUCUUCGUCCGAUGAUGACGAUGGUGUCGCGCCCGGUAAGAAUCUCGCGAAAAUGCUCCGCAAUGUGUCGAAUACGGCCGCGUCGUCGUCGUCGUCGUCGUCCGCCGGAAGUUGCUAUGUGCCUCCGGGCGGAGUGGCACUGUUUCCGCCGCUGCCCGCUCCGAUGCCGACCGCAUUCGCGCCGCUAAAGAGAAGUGAUUUCGCCGCGUGUGGCACCGCCAGCGACGGUGAACAUCCUGGCAGCAGUCGCGGAAAUGCUGAUUCCAUCCUGAAGAAUCCAGCGGUGGCCAGACGAAGACGGCAGAAUGAAGGCUACAAACAGCAACUGGUGAAGAGCAAGAGCCAAUCGGAGCUAACAACCUUCAUUCCGGCGUCGGCAAUCAUUUACCACAACACGGCGAAACCAUUCGGUGGCCCCGUUGGCAUCGCCGGAACUCGUCCGGGUGGACAUGACCCAGUGAGUAUCGGCGGUGGUCCCAAUGACCAUCGGACGACGGCCAGCUUCCUGAAUCAAUCGAGCGGAUUGAUACAACAACAGCAACAACAACAACAACAGCAGGAGCAACAACAUCAUCAAGUGCCGGGAUUCCUUGGCUUACGGCGCUGCCUAACGGAGGAGAUGCGUCCCGAUCAAGAAUCGAUGGUGAAGAGCGUCUCGAUAGCGGAACGGCUCGCUGCACUGCAAAAAAGUGGUGAGGACGAUUGGCGGAAGCGAGUUGCCAAGAAGGAUGUCACCGACGACGUCCGGCGGGAAAAUUUAGUCAAUAACGCCAUCCUUGUUGCCAAAUCGAUCGAGAGCCCGGUGAAAAAUGCCACACCGCGCCCGUUCAGUCGGCCGGCGGACGUCGAAGGCGGUAACAUUUCCGACCGGCUCGGAAAGAUUAAAACGUCUUCGGAGAAUUGGAAGAAUCGUGUCGAACUCUCAGAUGCCACCAACUUUACAGUGGCAGGCCGGAUGGCCGCCAGCCAGUUACCCAAGUUGCCGUUCAUCAAAUCCGACACGAAGCAGUCGCCACCGAUGAGCGUGUUCCGCAGUGUCAACCCGCCUCAGCUGGGCCUCGCCAAGAGCCCGUCGAUGAUGGUGUCUUCGGUGACCUCAUCGUCGACGGUGUACAGUCCCGCCACACUCCCGAAUGGACCAUCACCACCGGCUACGGGUCCCGUAGCAGCACUGGCCGCCGUAGGUCAGCAAAUAUCUAGUCAACUGAAUCACCAGAGAACCGGAGGAAUGGGAGUGGACAGUUUCAUGAAGCGUAGCAUUAGUGUCCCCGGAGUGCCCUCGAGCGCAACCGGGGUAGCCGGUGGGGAUCUUAAGUCCCAUGCUGCCGGCGGUUCAAAGGUUUCAAUUCCAAAGCUGGACGACGAAAGCUUUGGCAACUUUUUCACCAAAGUCGAGAAAACCGUAUCAGCUACUAGCGCCAUUACUAGCAGGAGCAGUUACGCCAACAUCAACACCAGCAGUCUUAGUAGCAGUUCGGCGGCGGAGGUUGUCAUCGGAGAUUUCGACACGCUCAAGGUGGAUAGCCAGCAGCGGCUAACGCAGAAGAAGAUCGUACAGGGUCCGAAACGACGCGGUGCCAUGUCCAAGAACCCGCUGAAAAAACUGGCCGCCCGGGACGAUUUGCAGACGGAGUACACCGAAAUCAAAACAGGUAUCGCCGACAAAGAGUUGAAGAGACUCAAACUAGAAUCAAUCGCCAAAACUAGCAAUCUGGCCAUUGAAGCGCUUGCUGGCUUAGCUUCCGUGGAGGAUUUCAAAUCGGUCGCACUAAAAUCAAGCUCACUUCCGCUGAAUCAAAGCUUUGUUCCGUUCAAGACGCUGAUGUUGCUGCAUGUCAAGGGCCGACGACACGUGCAAACCCGGCUGGUCCAACCGAUCGCCCGUUCCAUCAACCGGGGCGAUUGUUUCGUGCUGGUCACACCGGAUCGGCUUUUUGCUUUUCUCGGCCAGUACGCCAAUGUGAUCGAGCGCUCGCGGGCCAAGGAGAUUUGUGAUGUCAUCGUGCGGGACAAGGACUUGGGUUGCGCGGCCAGCAGUGCGAUUGUGAUCAACGACGGAAAAUACUGUAGCGAGCGGCAGUUGCGGGAGUUCUGGAAACUACUCGGACGUGACCAAGAGGACGAAGGGACAAAUGUUUGCAAUGCCGGGCAUGCCGAUGAAGAUGAACUGGUCGAAAGUUGUCUGAUGGAAACGAACAAAGUGUACGAAUUCGACGACGACCAGUUGGUUCCAUUGGAAGAAUACUGGGGGGCAGCUCCCCGUAUUGCAAUGCUUGAUCCGAAAAAGAUUCUGGUGUUUGAUUUUGGCAGUGAGCUUUACAUUUGGAAUGGUAAAAAUGCUUCGAGUGAGUCGAAAAGAGCAGCGAUCAAACUGGCCCAGGAAAUGUUUAUGCAGGAGUACAGCUUCGAGAUGUGUCAGUUGAGUCCAAUUAACUUUUCCGAACUGUCCGGUGAUCGUCAGAGGGACGUGAGACGUAUUUUGAAAACUGGAGCGGUACGCCCGGAGUGGUGUUUGAUAGCCAAAGUCACUCAGCACAUGGAGACAAUUUUGUUCCGGCAGAAGUUUAUCGAUUGGCCCGAUAUUACGGUUCAAUUGAAAGACGAUGGUUACCAACUGGGGGACACUCCCAGUCUGGAGAUUAAACCCGUCGAUGGAGAAUUGUUAUUCCGGGGAGAACCAUACAUGGAACCUAAUCUAGUGCUGGAAAACUCCAACUUGGGACGCGGUAAUUUUUAUUACGACACCGAUUCCAUGCGUCAUUACGAUGUACUUACGAUUUCGGUGACCCAAUGGGAGAUUGACGAGUACGAGUAUAAGGAAAUCCAAGGAACGUCAUGUGGACAUUUCUACUCUGACGAAAGUUACACCAUCCGCUGGAUGUAUCAGGUGAGUGUUACCGUUCGAGAGCUCAGCGGAAAAGUUUCAAAUCGAAGCACGGUUGUUGGACGUGACCGUUGUGCGUACUUCUGCUGGCACGGCUUGGAUGCACCGGCAAAUGAGAAGGGUGCCGCUGCUUUACUGACCGUCGAAUUGGAUAAGGAAAAAGGUGCACAGGUUCGUGUUUCCCAGGGCCAAGAAUCGGCUGCUUUCAUACGACUGUUCAAGAUAAUGUUCAUUCACAAGAGUAAGAAAACAACCCGAAAUGCCUGGCGUCUGUAUAUCAUAACCGGAAACUACCAGGAAGAAACGGUAUGCACCGAGGUAACCUGCAACGAACGCCAGCUGCGCUCUCGUGCUACGAUGGUACUGAUACAUGGCGAAAAGGGACGCGUAAUCCUGUGGAACGGGUGUAAAGCGCUUCCUCACACCAGAGAAGUGGGUCAAAAUGCACUAACGGCAAUCAUCCGAAACAAAUAUACGGAACUGUUUGACGAAACUCUCGCCGCCAUCAACUCAACGACGCUGGAGGAAGGUCAAGAGUCGCAUGAAUUCUUCGAAGCCAUCGAUGGAAGCCAAAAUCGACAUCAGUAUCACUCUUUGCUUGGUUCCAACCAGGAUUUCUCCUACACACCUCGUAUCUUCAAUUUAACCAGUAUCAAUAACGGUAACUUUGAAGCCACCGAACUGCAGUACAAUCUGCGUUGCAAAGAUCUGCCAUCUCCGUAUCCGUUCCGGCAGGCUGAUUUGUAUAAUGCCCGACAACCGACAACCUUCAUGAUCGACAACGGCCACAUACUAUGGCUAUGGCAAGGCUGGUGGCCAACGGAGGACGGAUCGGGAAGCGAUAGUGGAAGCAACAGUGGCAGUGAAAAUCACAGCAGCUUCGAUAGUAACCGUUCCGGUGAAAAUCGCUGGCAGAUCGAACGCCGCGUAGCGAUGGAGACGGCUGUUGCCUAUUGGAAGGAGAAGUGCUCCAAAUCUUCUCGGAAAUUGGUCAUAAAAAAAUCGGAGGUUUGCAAUGGUAAUGAAAAACACAUUGACAUACAGCAGGAACAGCUGCUGCAUUUGCCGGAUGAAAAUGGUAACGGAGCAAACGAUGAGGUGGAUACGAUCGGUGGAAACGAAGAGGACGGCACGUUGGAAGUCUCCUCCGUUAAGAAUGGUUCUGUCUGCGAUGGCAAUGAUGACUGUGAUAAUGCACAAACGCUGGUGGAUCGAGCCAGGACGGUCGACAAAGAGCUGGAACAUGCGGAGGAAAUCAACGGUUACGUUGUUUGGGCCGGUUUGGAACCGCUGGAGUUUAUCGCCAUGUUCCCUGACUGGGAACAGCGAGACGAUGUUGCCGAAAUUAAUGUGCAGGAUGGCCGUAAAUCUGCUCCGCAACCGAUCGCCAGCAGUCUGUCGCUUCUGUCCCGUAAGGAGUAUCCGCUGUCGGUGCUGCUGGAGCGCCCCCUACCCGAAGGUGUCGACCCGACCAAGCUGGAGUUGUACCUUCACGAACAGGACUACCAGGAGGGCCUCGGGCUAACGAAGGCCGAAUAUGAGCAGCUGCCCGCGUGGAAGCAGACCAAACUCAAGAAGGAGCGUGGUUUGUUCUAGACAAGAUUACACUAUUAAAAAUACAAAACAUGGAACCGUGGUGCACACGCACUGAUCUUGUGCUUAUACUAUUUUUUUUAAACAUUACUGUUGUUUUUUGCUUUUUGUUUUUUUUUAUAUCUGUCUGAUCCUCGCCUAGCUUCCGCAGGUGAGCUGGUGCGUCAGACAGGAUCAUUUUGUGGUUCGAUCAACUGUAAUCAUUUUAUUUUGUAGUUGUUUACUUUUGUUAUACUAAUUUUUCUUGGUUUUUUAAAAAAAACAAGGCGCUCUCUGUGUUGAUUUUCUACUUUGAUGUUGUGCUAGUGUUUUAAAUCGAUCGAUGUAAUCGGAGAGCGCCAUUGCAGGUUAUUGUGCUUCGCAAAACUGUAUCCACAUUGUGUCGAAAAAAAAAUAAAACGAAUUCUUAAAUUACACGAUAGAGAUUUCUUUUAACUAUUCAGAUUUCAUUCAACUGAAGUGGGAGAUUGUUCUGCAUUAUUAUUAACCCUUUAGCGCGGAUGAUUUCAUUUCUGAUAGCAGCAAGCAAAAUGUAUUCCUUUGCCAUAGAAAAACAACAUAUAUCUGUAUAAAAAUUGUAAUUGUAGUACUCUCAGUACCGUGUAUGUUCAGUAAUAGCAUAAGGAUUAGUGGUGUUUUUGUUUGUUACUGUGCUAGGCAACAAUUUCCAGCAAUUUCUGUAGAUUUUUUGUUUGUUUUCUGUUUUGCACUAAAUUAUUCGACGCGAGCGUAAGCAAAAAUUGCCACCCCUCUCUCUCUCUCUCUUGAAGUGAUAGUGAUUUAAGGAAAACUAUUUUAUCAUAGCUUUUAGUGCUACUAAGCAAAACCAUAGAACGAGGAAGAAGCUUGUACUUAAAAUAAAAUCAAUAAAAAAAUACUAGUAAACCAAGCAAAGAACUGACACUGUGGCAUCGAGAAUUGCUGCAUGCAAUUUUUGGAGAAGACAUUUUAUAAAGCUAUUUUCUACGUACGUGUGUGCUGUAACCAGGGAAGGGAUGCGUAACAAUCGAACCACAAAGUCACCGAAACUUUGUGUCCCAUAUUUAAACGAGACAACAAGUAAUAAUUAUGAUAACCAUAGAGAAAUCACAAUAAGAAACGCAAAAUUUACUAUACUAGAAUACACAACCGAAAGCAAACGCAUAUAAUGAAAACACACUCACACGCAUCUAGACGUAACGGAGGACAUUUUUUUCUAAAACAAGACAAAUAUUGAAAAAAAAAAUCGCUAAAACACAAUCACUAAACAGCCUCAUCUAUUGAUAACCGAAUACUACUCAUUAUCAAACCUCUGUCACUGAAAAAUAUACACACCGACGAAAUAGAAACCGAUUGAAAACCCGAACGAUUUGAAUAACAAAAAUAAAAACAAUUAUCUAGAACUUUUUUUUUGUGUUAUGUACGUGAACGUAGACAGUCUGUGCGUCGAAUUUUAUAUCAUCAGUUGCAACAGAAAAAGAAACCUUUGUGAACCAAAUCUAGGACCCCCUUCGUCAUUGGCUAUUAUACUGAAUACAUACAAUAGGUAGCACACAUAUGCCAAGAUAUAUUCAAUUCACUUUUUUUUUCUCGUGAAAAAUGAAUUUGACCAGUUAGUAAAAACUGAGUAAUUUAGAGCGAAAUAUUUGUAUGAAACUGAAGGAAACAGUGCGUGAAAAAUAUCGAAACUGGAGAUUUUUACCAAUAUAA